AGUUACCAGUGUUAGCGUUUCUAAAUCACUAUCUUAACUUCUUGAUUAUUCGGUAGAAGCAAAAACCAAAUUUCAAUUCUUGCGGUCAAAAUUAGUUCCUUGCCUUAUUUUGAGCACCAUUAUUUCGAUCAUAAAUUUGUCAGCCACCCAAUCAGCGAGAAAAAUGAAUUAAGAUUUUGGGGAUAACUUUAUCCGAAACAUCACAGGUGUGUUGUAUCCUUAUCCAGUCAGUAUUCAUCAACCAAUCAGAAAAGGCGCGUGAUGCAGGAAAUCAGCGUCAACCAAUCAACAUAGAGAAAACGAAACGAAAAUCACUUAACUUUUUGCACUUCAGCCAAUCAGCAGUUGAGAAACCGAAACGAAAAUCACUUAACUUUUUGCACUUCAGCCAAUCAGCAGUUGAGAAACCGAAACGAAAAUCACUUAACUUUUUGCACUUCAGCCAAUCAGCAGUUGCAAAUCAGUAUCAACCAAUCAAAUCAGCAAGAUUCUCUUAAAGGUGUUCACUUGAUUUAACCAAUCAAAAACAAGAUUAUUAAUCUGAUUUGAGACAUAAAAGAGCAGUCAGCCAAUCAGAACAAAGAAUGACUGUUGGCGGUGGCGGUGGUAGUGGGGAUGGUGUGUUGAGGAGUGGCAAUGUGGAGACUAUAGUGAUUGGGGCUCUGAUAGUGCUCUACACUAUGAUCAGCACCUCCACUGCCAAUGUCGCUGUCAUUACCCUACCCUACAUGAAGUCAGAGUUCCUUAACUUCCCCAACCUGUCCUUAAUAAGUGGGUUCAUGUCUGCGGCCAAGAUCCUCUCCUCCUUCCUCAUCUUUGUCUUCCCCUCCUCCAACUACGAGAUCAUGAUGGUUCUGGGGGUGAAGGCAGUCCUCAUGACUGCACUCUCAGAAGUCUACCGAUUCCUAUCUCCCCAAUCACAAGGUACGUGGAUCGGGGUGUGUAUGGUGUUGUUGACGUUCAGCUGUGGGAGUACAGUGGCGCGUGCUCUCACCAUCACCAAGCGGGAGGACGACACCAAGUUCCUCUCCAACUGCUUCACUGUGGGCAAGAGUGCAGUGCAUGCAGUGGAACUACUCGCCACCACUGUCUUCUACCAACACUACGGGUGGGAUGGGCUGGUCGUGUGGAUCUGUGGUGCGUAUGCAUUUGUGACUCUGACAACAGUGGGCAUGUUCACCCACACCAAGAUGAAGGAGAGGAGCAAACGGGCGGCUAGAAGAGCUGCCAGGAGGAUCGAGGAACACGCGGCACAGAGCGAUCUUGAGAACGAGGGAGAUCUUCUCAUCUACGCAUCAGACACCAGACUAAACACAUCCUACUCGGCCUUAGACGACGAGCCAUUUAGCCGACAUGCGAGUCAAAACGACGCCGACGACGAAGAGGAAGAGCGAGAAUGGCCUCCCGAGGAGAUCCGACGCCACUCGGACAAACGAAGCCGACACUUGAGUGUCACAUCUGUGGCGUCAAUAUUAACCAGUAUUUCCCAAACACGACAGAUGGACUCGUCCGGUAAACUUCACCUCUUAUGGAAGGAUAUUUCAAAGGCGAGUUUGGCUGCCUGGCUCUACCUGUUUUUCUCGGAAGUUGCCGGAAUGAGUUUGGCGGUUAUAAUUCUCUGUGGAACGAAAUACUUGAAAGAUACUUGGGGAUUCACUCCUAAAGAAGCAGCGUUGACAAUUGUUCUGCCCCAGAUCCUAGUCAUUCCAGUAUUUUGUUUAGUUUCCCUGAUCAGAAUUGACAACUUUACUUGUGUGAUUUUUGGAAAUGCGCUAAUUGGUGUAAUAGCGUUGUUGCCUUAUAUCAAUUACCCCAUAGGAUGGUCAUGUGUGAUAUUCGUGUGCGAGUUGUUCAACGCGAUGCGAACUUCGUCGCAAAUGCCAGGGUUUAAUCUACUCGUGCCAAGUCCCCGAAUCGCUCGUCGGUUCAUCUCGAUUUCGACUGUUUUCAUAUUCACGCUACGCACAAUUGGUUAUUCCGGUGGCACUGCACUGUACGAGGUGGACCCUAAAUAUCCUUUUUUGGUCUGCGGUGUGUGCCAAGUAAUAGCUGCACUUAUCUUGUGUUUCUUGCUCUGGUGGCAGAUUCCCCAAAUAGCCGAAACGCGACGGCUAAGAAGUGUAAACGACAACGACAGCUUCGUGAAACGUAGUCUUGCUAGUACGAGCGAUAACCCCAGUUCGGGAAGCCCGAAGAGUCCGAAGAGCGCGGGUAGUCGUGCGAACGAACACAACGAGAUCUAGAGACGAAGGAAAUACGACUGACUGAAAUUGUUUUCAAUCAGUUUCAUUCUGUAUUUAAAUUGUUCGCAUUUUUACUUUUUGUAUCCAAUUCAAUA